GUUAUCGAGCGCAUCUGAAGAUUCACGACAAGAAGCCAAAGCCUCAAACAAAACCGCUGGGGAGACCAAAACAACAGCUGUCAGUGGCACAUAAUCAAUAAUGUCACCUGGGAGUGUACACUAGUCUGAGAGGAUAUAAAGAGGAAAAGUUAAUAUAUUAAAAACAGUAUUGGUUUGAGCUCUGUUACUGUGUGAAACUUCAAGUGAAUGAAGUGAUAAUUCAGGUAAUAUUAUAGUAAUCACAUGCAUAUGGUAUGCAGUCUUUGCUACUAACUGUGAUUCACCUAAAGAUGAAUAAUAAUUUGACUGUUUGAGUGUUUGGAAACGGAUUUUCACUGCAUUUUCUUCAAAAGAACUGAGCUAAAAAAAAGCUUGUAUUUUGAAAUAUUUUACUUGUGACAUCUAAUAACUUCAGAUGUUUGUUAUUUUAACAGAACUUUUAUUUUUGUAUCUGAAUUCAUAAAUAUAAGCUGCUAUAUGCAUUGGAUUAUCACGACCAUGCAGCAGGAUAAUGCUGUACUUCAGUGUUGGGCAUUUAUUUUUGUAUACAAAUUAUUUUUCUCAGUUUUUUCUGUCAUGCUCCUCCUUGCCUCUCAAUUUGGGAACCAAUGAUUUAAUCUUUGAACAUUAGCCAUCAUCCAUACAUCACUGCUCAGCAUCUUAUCUGGCUCUAAGUCUCAGUAGCAAAGUUGGACAGAUGAUUUUUUUCCCUCAGACAUGACCUCCAGUUUGUCCAAGAGGACCCUGAGACAUCCUCCAGUCUUACCUGUCCAACAUGCCUGGAAAACCGUCAGCGGGAGGCAUCUAGGAUCAUCAAGAAAUAAAAAGGGGCAGGAGCACCUUAAGCAGAGCUGUCCAGUGGAGUAUCGCCACCCUCUGAGCUCGGCCUCACCACACCCCUCCCACAUAACAUCACAUCAAAGAAAAUGCACCUGAGCGACACGGGUGCAGAGGUAAAUCACCAUGAAGAACACAGACCUGAAACACAGGAGCAGGAUCACAGCACAGCACCUACAGAAGAAACUUUAGGACGACCAGAACCUGAACUCAGCAGCUCCCAUGAACAGCCUCAGGAAAAGCCAUCUGAGGGUGCAAAACAAUGCCAGCAGCCUCGCAAACUCAAGAAGUACGACUGUCCGACCUGUGGGAGAAUUUUCUCUGACAACACCGCGCUGAAACGACACCUUGUGAUUCACGCGGGGAAAAGACCUUUCAAGUGCUUCAUCUGUGGGAGAGGAUUCACCCAGAGCGGAAACCUCAAAACACACAUGAAAGUGCACAGAGGAGAGUUACCAAAUUGGACAUUAGUUCGAGAGAGUCCCCCGAAAGAAUCGCAUGUGACAGUUCAUGUGUGUGGAGAAUGUGGCAUGGACUUCCCUCAGAAGCAACAGCUGGAAGAACACCGCCAGAGUCACAAAAAGCCUUACGCCUGUCCUGACUGUGGCAAGACCUUCAAAACGGAAUACUAUUUCAAAAUACAUAAGCGCAUUCACUCAGGAGAGUCACCUUUCCUCUGUACAGAGUGCGGUAAGAGCUGUGUCACAGCAGAUUCACUUAAAAAACACGAGUUGACUCACACUGGAGAAAGGAAUUUCCACUGUGAUCAGUGUGGGAAGGCGUUUUCACAAUCCUCCCAUCUCAAGGUGCACCUCAAGACUCACACUGGAGAGCGACCUCACCUCUGCUCAAUCUGUGGUAAAAGUUACUCCAAAGCGUGCGAUCUGAAAGUUCACCUGCGAGUUCACACCGGAGAGAAACCGUAUACUUGUGACAAAUGUGGCAAGUGCUUCUAUUACUCUCAAGGUUAUCGAGCGCAUCUGAAGAUUCACGACAAGAAGCCAAAGCCUCAAACAAAACCGCUGGGGAGACCAAAACAACAGCUGUCAGUGGCACAUAAUCAAUAAUGUCACCUGGGAGUGUACACUAGUCUGAGAGGAUAUAAAGAGGAAAAGUUAAUAUACUAGCGUUGCCCAUCUUUUACUCUGUGAAGUAAACUAUCUUUCAAAUGUCUGAAGUGAUUGUUCAAACAGUAUGAUAGUAAUCAGUUGUAUAAGGUGUGCAGUCAGCUACAUUGUUAAUAACAUGUAUUGGACUAUAUAGUAUUCAAGAAAAUAAAUCAUGACAUCAUAA